UCCGGCGGAGGGACACGAGAUGCUCUCGUGAAAGGCCUGGCCGAGAGGGUUUUCAGUCAAAGCGGAUUCGGAUCCGGCGUAGAGACCUUGUUAACCUUGCCAAGCGGAGAGUUAUGAAGCACUGAGAGCAUUGAGAGGCGGCUUAGAGCAGUUUCUGUCGUCCACCGCCAUGGAAGGCAAUCCUUGAAGGGGAUGCAGCCUUCGAUGUGCAGUCGUGCGGAGUCACAUAAACAGUUUCCGGACACGAGCUAGCCACGCGGAUAGUAUGUUCAAUCAGAGGUCAUCUCGUUGGGCGUAGUCAUUCGCGGACGCCUGUCUUCCGCGGCUCUUUGUGGCUCUCCGCGGGAAUCUUUGUAUAACACACAGGCUGUGUCAGUCGGCGGAACCGAUCCGUCGUGUAGCCAUUUUCCACGCAAUCGGUACUACGCCUUCAGCUAUGGCUGGCGAGACUUGGAGCACCGAGGCCCCGUACCCUCAGAAGCGACGCGCGAGUGGCAGUAGUAGUAGCGCUGCUCCCGCUGAGACAGAAAGCGCGGGGGAAGAGCUGCUGGUAACCAGCAGCAUUCAAGCUUGUUCUACCAGCGAUGGCGGACGCUGCGAGGUGGCGUCACUAGUCAAGCUUCACGCUUCCCUAUCACGCCUUCCCAUCCCCGUUACCGUCCCCGUUACCGUCCCCGUUACCGUUCCCGUUACCGUCCCCGUUACCGUCCCCGUUUCGCAAAGCUCCGCGGCCGACUCGUGCCCCAUCGACACCCUCUCGUCCGAGCUUCUCCAGCGGAUCUUCGAUUUGGUUGAGUCUUGGGAAGAAGCGAGUUGUUCUCAAGACGCCUUCGUCCCUUCUCCCCACGAGGAGACCCGCCCGCUCUCCUCCUCCUCCCGCCUCUCGCAGUCCCUCCACCCCCCGUCUCCCCCGCCUCCCCCCUCUCGCUCCCCCCCGUUUAACUACGCGCUCGUCUGUUCCUCCUGGUUCCGCCUCGCCCGCCAGUCGCGCUCCUCUAUUCUCGUCCGCGCAAGCCGCCAACUCGAUCCGCGCACUCUCCCCCUCCAGAUCUCCGCUUCCGCCUUCCCGCGUCUAACGGCGCUUCACCUGGAUGCAAGGAGCCUGCGACGCGUGGACGACGCUUUUAUCGCUGAUCUAGCGUCGCACUGCCCUCGCCUGACGCGCCUGACGAUUCGCAGAAUGUCGCCGGGGGAUGUGAGCGAGACGGGGUUAGCGGCGCUGGCUAGCGGCUGUACGCGUUUGGAGCAGCUUCGUUUUCUGCAUGGGACCAGCGCGUCCAGCCUUCCUCAGUGUUUUCAGCUCGCGCCGCUCACGCAUCUAACGAUCGCACCGUGCCUUGAGCUCGCGUCUCUGCCUUCAAACAUAGCCCAGGUUUUGCCGAGCGUUAGAGAGCUUGAGUUAGAAGGCAGUACUACGCUCUACUGCUUACCUCUUUCUCUCGCUACGCUCCCUUUACUUCGUCGCCUAACCUUGCGAGAUUUAUUCCGCCUGGUUGAGCUGCCCGAGAAUAUCGGGCAACUGCCUCAGUUGCGCGUGCUGGAGCUCGAUUGGUUGGUUUCUCUCCGCUGCCUGCCCGAGUCACUCGGGCAGCUGUCGACACUAGAAAGGCUGGUGUUGAACCGGUGCCAUAAGCUGGCAAAUCUGCCAGAAGGCUUGGGGCGACUGCCGCGCUUGACGCAGCUGCUUGUAAUGAGGUGUGAGAAACUUGAGCCACUCCCCCCAUCUGUUUAAAGGUUGUCUUCGAUAACAGCUGGUCCAAUAGUGUCGGUGACAUAGGCAUUAAGUAUCUGUUAGGCCGUUGUGC